AUGCCCGUGCCGGAGCGCCCGCCAGGCCUGCCAGUUCCUCUUCGAACUCCAGCGGGACCGGCGCCGACAGGGCCCAGCGGGCCGGCCAGCGGCGCCCGGCCCUCCGCCUGGUUGCGCGGCUGCUCGCUCUCCGCCGCUCCCGCCGCCGCCGCCCCAACAUCUGGCAGCCGCGCCCCGCCCCUGAACCGCCGUCCCUCCCGCAGGGUCCCCGUGAAGGCGCGGAUCCCCCCACCACCGCCAGCCACGCCCACGUGCGGGCCGAGCGCCCCCAAGCAAGUCCACUGCCUGCCCUGGUUCAUAAAUGUCUCUGAGAGCCAGGGACCCGGGACCAUCCUUAAAUCCUUUCCCUUCAACUGUACUCUUCACAUGCCCAUCCUGGAGCUGAUCCAUGUGAAGCCACCCACCACCUUCUUCAACCCACCCAGCCUGACCAGGUGGCACGGGAUCUAUAUGGGCAUGGUGACCUUAAGCAGCUCAGCCCGGCUGGAUGCCCUAGCAGUAAACCACUAUGAACUGCAGCUGCGGUUCACAUGUGGCAACUACGUGAUGGAGGGACUGCUCUUUGUGGAUGUGCAGCGGGACCCUGGCUAUAGCUCAUGUGCUGGCCGAUUUGCCAGCCCAGCUGGGGAAAUCAUUCAGGUUCGGGAAACGGUCACACCCGGGACCCAGCUGUACACUCUGCUGCUCCCAGGCGUGGAACUUCAGCGUGCCCAGAUAAGCAUCAUCAGUGCCCAGGACCCUCCAUACUUCCCUGGACCUUUCUCUAUCAAUGGGCAAGGUUGGCUGCUGGCGCCAUCCCAGGGCCUCAAAGGCCAGGGUCAAAAGGUCUUCCAGCUUCAGAUUUUGGUGACCUUUGGACAAAAUCGAAGCUGCCAUGGGACGCUGAAGGUGAAAGUUUUGCCUGCUCCCUCCAGUCAGAUCUCCUUCCUGCAGCAGGCCCCAAAUAUCACUAUCCGGGAGGACCUGGCCCCCGGCAGUGAGGUGGUUCAGGUUCGGGCCCGGGGCUUCGACGUGCGCUACGAAAUCCUCUCCCCAGUGCCCUGCCCUCUCUUCUCCAUCGGACGUGCCGACGGCUUGGUCCGCACCGCGGCGCCCCUGGAGUCGGCGCUGGCCCGGGGCGCGGGCGCGGCAGUCACUAGGCUGCGGGUGAAGGCCUAUGAGCGGCUCAGGCCGCGGGCCAGCGUAGAGCUCGAUCUCCUGGUGAACGUGCGUUCGGUUAACCGCUGGCCCCCGCGCUGCCUCCCAGCGAUGCUGGUGACUGAAAUACGGGAGACCACGCUGGUGGGCACUGUGCUGAACACCUUCACUUGUACUGAUCCAGACUCUUCUGGCUCUACCCUCGACUACAAGCUGCGGUUCUACAGUCCUCCUGGCCUAGCUAGCCUCUGCCUUCGAGACAGGGCCUUGGAGGUGAAUGCUACACUGGACUGUGAUGCUCCUGGGGCCUGCUUUCAGCAUGCAGCCUCUAUCCUGGUGCUCAAUGGUGAUCAGCCCCUGACUGAGGUGCCAGUAUUGGUGAUGGUGACUCCUGUCAACGAGUUUUCUCCAGCCUGUGUUCCACAUACAUUCCGGAUCCGGGAAGAUGCAGGGCCCUACACCCUGCUGGGCUCUGUGGUGGGCAUAGACAAGGAUUACCCGCACAACAGCGUUGAGUACUUCAUCUCUGGUGGGCCCAGCACCUUUUCUGUGGACCGUCUCAGCGGGGAGAUUCACCUCCUGGGAUCUUUGGACUAUGAGCUGCAGAAAUCGUACAGGCUCACUGUCCUAGUGACUGACCAUAGCCAAGAUCAGGACCCCACCCAGCGCCGCUCUGGUUCCUGCACCAUUACCAUCGAGGUUGAGGAUGUGAACGACCAUUCCCCCGAGUGUCAGCCCCCAUUUCAGGAACUCACCAUCUACACUCCCCUGGGCCAUAGUGUGGAGGUGACCAAGGUGUCAUGUUGGGUUCCUCAGGAGCCACAGCGUCUGACCUUCUCCUACAGCAUCAUGGGAGGGACUAGUCAGAGCCGAUUCAGCCUGCAAGGAGCCAUCCUGGUGUACAACGAUAUCAUGUUGGGGUCCCCCUGGCCAGAGCAGCCCCAUUCUUAUGAGCUAUUGAUCCGUGUGGCCGAUUCAGGUCCCUCUAUCCCCCAUCUCAGCACCACAGCCACCAUGAUUGUGCAUGUCAUACCCUGGAAUGCCAGCACAGCAGCCACCCGCAUCCACAGAGUCACAGUGCCUUCGAUGAUGACACCCCUGCUUGUGACAGACACGGAGGUUUUCUGGCAGCCAGAACCCUGGUUUGUGGUGGUGCUGACAGUUACCAGUGCCCUCUUUCUCUUGGCUCUGGGCUGGCUCUUCAGCAGGCUCUUCCAGGGGUUGGCCCAGAUGCUACAGACACCAAGCAAACCAGCCCACGAGCUGCUACUAAACAGUAUCCAGGGAACUGAGGAGUCCAUUGAGGGGUUCAUGGAGGCACCAAGGAUGGAGAUGCCCCAAGCACCCAGCAGUGUCAUGAGCCUGCACUUUGAUGGCAGAGCACAGGACCCCUGUACAGGCAGAGAUUACCUGUUCAACACGCUCACGGGAGCCCGGCGCUGGCUCUGA